GUGUGUGCCCUUUGAGCCCAGUACAUCUUUCGAAGGACCAAGAGUAUCAGCUGCACGUGGUGGAAUCAGCCUGGCUUCAUAUGCCUCACCCAUCAGACUCUGAGAGGAUACGACACUACCUCCCACGAAAUCCAUGUCCCACACCACCUUAUCACCAUCAGAUUCCCCCCGUCCAUUCAGAUACUUUGGAGUUCUACCAGCGAUUGUCCACUGAAACACUCUUCUUCAUCUUUUACUACCUAGAGGGGACCAAGUCCCAGUAUUUAGCUGCUAAAGCUUUGAAGAAGCAAUCUUGGAGAUUCCACACCAAGUACAUGAUGUGGUUCCAGAGACACGAAGAGCCAAAAACCAUCACCGAUGAAUAUGAACAGGGAACAUAUAUUUACUUUGACUACGAAAAAUGGGGCCAGAGAAAGAAAGAAGGCUUUACGUUCGAGUACAGAUACUUGGAGGACAGGGACCUGCAGUAACCAGGACGCGAACAUCCUGUGACAGGGUGAAGUUCUCUCCCCCCAUGCUGCUGAUUGACCCUCAGUAACCCAGUGUUGGGCUCACAGUCUGAACGAAUGAAAGAAUGCACACGCACGCACACACACAUGUGCACAUACACACGUUCUUGGAAGAGAGCUGUUGUUUAGAGACCUUGUAUAAUUUUGAGAAAAAAAGAAAAAGACAAAGAAAUCAAAUGUUGUACAUCAUGUAUUUUGUUCUAACCUGUGCAUAAGAUAUUGUAUUGGAAAAUACUUUGUCAGGAAU